AUUUGAACAUAUAAACAAAUUUAUUUUUAUUUCCCUUCCGGUUAAAAAAAUACAUGUUGGCAUUACUGUUCUUUCGCCGGCAAAGGGUUACAAAUAAUAAAAAAUGCAUUAAAGAGAAACGUCAAAUUAUGUUUUCUUAACAACAUUCAAUAGUAAGAUAAUAAAUUUUUUAUGUUUACAACUUUCUGUUACACUUUCAGACAAAAUAAUUGUAAUAUAUUUUAUAAAUUUGGGAAUACAUUGAAACAGAAUAUGUCACUAGAAGCAUCUACAAGUCAAUGUUGGCGAGGCAAUACAAUGGAAGAAAUUUACCGGCAUUUGGAUGAGUUUAAGUUGGAACACAUAGCAGAGGUAAGACCGUCGAAUGAACACACUGUGUUGCAUCAUUAUCCAAUACGUGCUGCACUAAAUGAAACUCCUCGUCCAUUAUCCGCACACCAUAAAUGGGAUGCUCUACACGUACGACUUCCGUGUUCAAUAAAAAGUCAAUAUCCCGUUGUUACUGCUGAUGGAAGUUGCAACAUUGAAUCUCGUUGGGAAAUGAUACAACAGGCUUUCUUGCGUCCAAUAAGUAAUAGUCAAGAACUGCAGGAAGCCAUACUAUCUUAUAAUACACGAUAUGAGAAUCAAUGGAAUUUUCAUUCGUUACACAAACUUUUUGAGGAGAAUCUAGAUGAAAGCGAAUCGUGUGUAUUUUUCGAGGACUUAUUGCCGCGUAUAAUACGCUUAGCUUUGCGUUUACCAGAACUAGUGCAAGCCCCAAUUCCACUCUUGAAACAAGGACAAACACACUCUUUAACCCUAACGCAAGAACAAAUCUCAUGUUUGUUAGCAAAUGCAUUUCUUUGUACCUUUCCACGUAGAAAUACACAUAAACGUAAAUCGGAAUAUGCCACUUUUCCUGACAUUAAUUUUAAUAGGAUAUUUCAAUCUAAGGGUCAACAAGUUUUGGAAAAGAUUAAAGCCAUUUGUCAUUAUUUUAGACGUGUUUGUCCCACAGAACGUGAUAAUAGUAAUGUGCCAACUGGUGUAUGUACAUUUUCUCGUCGCAGCAUACUUGAAAGCAAUUUACCUAAAUGGUCUGUAAAUGAAGCUUCAUUAGCCGAUACACUUUUUCAUAUUACAUCCGAGGGAACUAUAGAAGAUCAAGGAAUUGGUUUAUUACAAGUAGACUUUGCAAAUAAAUAUUUAGGUGGAGGAGUAUUAGGAAGUGGAUGUGUUCAAGAAGAAAUACGUUUCGUAGUUUGUCCCGAAUUAAUGAUAUCAAUGCUGUUUACUGAAUGCUUAAAACCGACAGAAGCAUUGGUAAUGGUGGGUUGUGAGCGAUAUAGUAGUUAUAAUGGUUAUGCAAGUACCUUUGAAUGGGCUGGUAAUUAUGAAGACCUUACACCAAGAGAUUCUUCUCGACGACGAAAAACCCAUAUUGUAGCUAUAGAUGCAUUAUCAUUUAUCCAAUCAGAAGACCAGUAUAAAGAAGAAUUAAUAAUUCGUGAACUUAAUAAGGCAUAUGCCGGAUUUUAUCAUACUUUAGAAACACCAGCUCCAGGUGUAGCAACAGGGAAUUGGGGGUGUGGUGCAUUUGGUGGCGAAGCUAGACUUAAAGCACUUCUACAGUUAAUUGUAUGCGUAAUAACCAAACGGCCUUUGGUUUAUUUUACCUUUAGAGACGCCGAGUUACGCGAUGAAGUGUACAACAUGCGUACAUUUUUAAUCGAAAAAAACGUACGUGUUAAAGACUUAUUGAAUACACUUAAAAAAUUUCAGGCACAACGCUUGGAAUCUAAAAAUUUAUACAAUUUCAUAUAUAACUACUACCGGCAAAUACCAAAGAAUAGAUUGCCGCUGAUGAAGAUGUUAUCGAAUAGUAAAAAUAUUGUUACGUCAUGUUUUUCAAAAAGUUAUGCCGAAUCAGUCGGUUAUAGUUUCACACAAAUUGCUGUAGAAACAACUACUUUAAAAAAAGUUGGUAGCCCAGAUUUAUUUUCAUCAUCAGACGAAACGGAAGAUGAUAGGAGAACAAAUACAAAGUAUAAAAAAUCCUCAAACACAGCAGCCACAAAGGAAAAAACAAAUACGAAAAAUUUAUCAGAUAUGCUAAAUGAUAGUGAAUCAGAUGAAAUAAUAAUGGAAGCUGUGAAUAGCUUGCCUAAUAAUAUUUCUAAAGAACAAGCUUUGAACACAAAUUCUCCAAAUAAAAAAUGUAAAGGAUCACGUCAACUUACUUUACUUGAGAUGCUUGAUAAAUGCUACACGGUUAAAAAUAGUUCUGGCUCACCAGAUUCAAAGCGACACUGCAAUAGAGAGUCACCAUCUUAGAUGCAAUAUAUAUAUAUAUGAUUAAAAUUAUUAUUUUGAUGAUUUGAUUUAAAAAAAGAUAA